AUGGAGAUCUGGGCGUCCUUUGAGCUUCGUCGAAUGGAUGAGCUGCACCAUCACGGAGAUGAGCCACUCGACUACGGCAUUGCUCGAGACACAGAUGCGGGCCACGCACAAUUUGCCGCAUACAUAACAAGCGAGAAUGUUUCUCACCUGAACGAUGCUGUAGAACAUUUUCGGUUGGUUCUGGACCAGUGUUCGGUCGGCCAUCCAGACUACGCGGCAGCUCUCACCAACCUCGCGUCUGCCCAUCUUGAUGGCUGCAUACGAAAUGAUCUUCAUGACAUUGAUACUACCACUUCCCACCUCUGCAACGCCCUUGCAUUGCGUCCGCAGCGCCAUUCCGAUCAUCCCUCGUCUCUAUAUAAACUUGCCCUAGCGCUGAGUUUGCGCCACAAUAAGAAAGGUACUAUUGCCGACAUCUGCGAAGCUACCCAACUAUGUCGGUGCCCACCUUUGUACGAAGACCUGCAAGCGGCAGCGCACCAGGGCCCGGCCAUCAUCCUCAAUGCUAUCAAAUACUUGUACAGCGCCAUCAUCGUCCCGACGUCAGGAGACCCCCAUCAUGGCAAUACGAGAAGCAUCUCGGAUGACCCCAAUGGAGUCGAGGACGGAUUCAACAGUGCUCUCGCGGAUAAUAUGGCACGAGAUCAUGCUGCCCAUCGUCAACGUACUCGAACACGUCCUCAAACUAAAGCGCCGUUCUCGAAUCUGGCUGUGUCCUACUGCAACUUUCACCUCCAUGCCGCUCACCCCUUUCAAACAAAGGUAGAUCGUUCUGUGAAGGAGCAAUGCCUGGAGGAUCUCUACAUCUGUUCUUACACCCCGACACUUUCUUCUCUAGUCAGAUCUAGACAGUCGAUGAAGAAGUGUGUGCCUCCGUCCUUCGUAGUAAUCGGACAAGGUCAACUGGGUGCAGGGACAGGCAAGGCGCUUUUGACUGUCGACAGCGAGCUCGAGCUUGUCCAUAAGCUCAUCCCGGCGACUGCCAACCGCACCAUUAUUUCUGGCGACACAGCCACACGAGCAGGUUCACUCGAAGCUUUGCAGCAAAAUACUUGGAUGCACCUAGCUUGUCAUGGCAAGCAGGACCCUGCGCAGCCUUACAAUUCGCAUUUCGUCAUGAGAGACGAACAUUUGACGCUACUCGAUAUCAUAGAGAGAGAUAUUCCGCGCGCCGAGUUCGCAUUCUUAUCAGCGUGUCAUACCGCCGUUGGCGAUGAGAAAACGCGCGACGAAGUGAUCCAUCUUGCAGCUGGUCUCCAGUUUUCAGGAUUCAAGAGCGUCAUUGGCACGCUGUGGGAGGUGGACGAUACUGUCCCAAAACACGUCAUCGAAGCUUUCUACACGUAUAUGUUCAGAUAUUUGAAGGAUGGUGGUGUCAUGGACUGUACGAAGGCGGCCUGGGCACUCGACUGUGCUACAUGGUGA